AUGGUUUAUUGGAAUUCUUAAGAGGUCGUAUAGGCAGUCAUUGGGGGUGCUUUGAUUGCAUUAUCAACUACACUGAAUUUAUUACUAUUUGGAAGAAUUACUGGAAUUAGCGGUAUUCUAAGCAGUGUGACGAAAUAUGACACAAGCUAAGGAUUUUAUUGGAAGUAUUGUUUCAUUCUAGGGCUUCUUACAAUUCCUAAGAUCUUAUAGGUGAUUUUUGGAAGCUAUAUAGAUCUAGGAGAUGGUUAUUAUUUUCCAAUGUUUGAUUCGAAUGAACUAGCCAUGAAGUAGACUCACAUUGCUGCCUGGUUUAUUGGUGGAUUCUUAGUAGGUGUAGGAGUAAGAAUGGGAAAUGGCUGCACUAGUGGCCAUGGGGUCUGUGGAAUACCUCGAUUAGCAACUAGAUCAAUAGUGGCCACGUGUACUUUCAUGAUUACAGGUUUUGCACUUGCAAGUCUGAAAUAUCAUGAACCUUUUCUGAGUAAUGGGGAAACUUUUGGUGAUACUUACUAUGAAGUUUGGAGAUGGUUAACUCUCGCUAUCCUUAUUCUAGGUCACAUUUAUGGAGGUUUCGUCUUAAUCUCUAAAGAUGAGAAACACAUAAGAUUAGAGUGUAUUUGGUCUUAUGUCUUUGGAUUAUUAUUUGGAUUGGGCCUUCUAAUAUCAGGCAUGUGUAGAAUCUCAAAAAUACUAAACUUCUUGAUAAUUGACAGUGUAGUUUGGGAUCCAACACUUAUUUUUGUAAUGGGAUCGGCUGUCGCCAUAAAUGUGGUAACUUUCUAUUUCAUUUAAAAAAGAAAGUAUCCCAUAUAUGGCGAGAAAUUUUCUAUUCCUCCAAGGAAAGGGAAGGUUGAUCUUAGACUCGUUUGCGGGGCAGCAAUUUUCGGAAUUGGUUGGGGUUUCGCAGGAUUAUGUCCAGGACCCGGCCUUGUAAAUUUCUUUCACGAAACUCAUGGUUUAUUUUGGGUUUUAUCACUCUUUAUUGGAAUGUUCACCUUUGAUUAUGGCUUAAAAUUUUACGAAGAUAAGAAAAAGAAAACAGAGGUCACAUAUGUUAGAACUAAUUGA